UAGUCUUUGGAUUAUUGAUGAAAGUGAUAGGUCAAAUUUCCUCGUUUUAAUUUUAUUUUUAUUUUUGUUUUAACUCUAUAAUGAUUGAAGGAAAAGCGAAUGAACUACCCGACUUUCAAGUGUUCCGGACAGUAAUAAAAUACUGUUUGUUCAUUAUUAUUGUACCAGUGCUAUCAUUCUUCAUAGUCAAGAUUUUGCUUUUUGAUAGCCUGUUGCGUUUGGAGACUAUAACAAGCAGCGUUUACUCGGCUGUAGUAGCAGUAAUCGUCUUACAUGUAACUCUGGGUCUCUAUAUUUAUAGGGCAUAUAGUGAAACUGAUAAAGUGCCAGCUAAACCUGUAAAGAAAGAUUAAAAGUACUUAUUCCCUUCUAAUUAGUUUUAAGUCAGACAAAAUGGACAAUCUUUACAUGAAAGGUGAACUUUUGCAAGUGCACACAAAAAAUAGCGAAAUCAUUGAAGGCCGAUUUUAUAGUAUUACUAAUGAUAAAUCGAAAAUAUCACUUUAUGAAGUUAAAGAGGUAUCUGAGGGUGAACAGAAUGAUGGAGUUUGCCAUUACUAUGAUUCGGAAGUACGAAACAUUGUAAAGUUGCAAGAAGAUAAUCAACAAGCUUAUUUAAAGAUACCACUAAAAGAAUGUGAAGAAAUUAUAAAAACUUCGAAAAAGUAUAUUUAUAUAAACCAAGUCGAUCACGGUUUUCAUGAGGCUAUUAAUGAUUUGAAUCAAAACAAUUAUAUUGCUGUCAGUACUGAUGGUGCAAAUAUGGGACGGAAAUGUAAGAUGCCUUUUUUGGUUAUUUCCACACCACAACAAAUAUAUAUUUUUGACAUUCAAGUUCUGCAAUAUCAUGCAUUUGAAGCUGGUUUAAAGAAAAUUCUGGAGAGUGAAAAUCCUAAGAAGAUUGUCCAUGAUUGUAGAAAACUUUCUGAUUGCUUAUACCACAAACAUAAUGUUAAGCUGAACUCUGUGUUUGAUACUCAGGUUGGAGAUCUUAUCAUAUCAAAAAAUAAAACAGGACGUUUACCUAAUAAUGUUAAGACUUUUUCUGAAUGUCUUAACAAUCAUCUUGGUUUGAAACAAAACAAUAUUCAAGAGAAAUUGGAUAUAGUACAAUGCACAGAACGUCCUCUGUCAACUGGUAUUAAAGAAAUUCUUGCAAAGAAUAUAUGUUAUUUACAUCGUCUUUCUGAAAUGAUAAAUGAUCAAAUGAUGUUACCUUUCCUAAGAGGUGUUGAGUGCUUUGUAGAGAAUCUUCGCUCAUGUGACGAUUUCAAAGCUUGGGAGCUGUGUGGCAAGCAAUAUCAGUUACCAAAGGAUUUCAAGAAUGCUAUAGAGUAUUAACAUUCCACAAAAAUAAAAUGUAGUAUUAGG